AUGACUGAAGAACAAGACCUCAUCGACCAAUCACCACCGCCUUCGGCACCCGACCCUGGACCCAACCCAACCCCGAAUCCGAAUUCAGUAAUCCAUCCGAGGCGUGUGUCUUUCGAGCACGGACUCCUCCCGAUCCAGAAGCUCGUUUUCACCGACCCGAUCCAAACCCUAGCUCCCGUCAAGCAGAAGCUAACGGAUGCCGCUUCCAAUAACCGCGUUGGAUCGGCUGCAGUCGCCGACGUUCUCCAGAUCUCCGGUGACCACGCGCGUCUCGUUCUCGAGACUCUCGGUUCGGUGCUUCAUUUAGAGUCCGACCCUCUGGUUCGAGCGAAACCGGAGGAAGUUGAUUCCGCCGGAGCUGAUUUGCGGGAUCUAAUUCUGUUCCUCUACAUUCAAUCGUAUAAGAAAUUGCUGCCGAGGACGCACAAGGAUUCCGCUGCGGUGGCCGAUGUAUGGCCAUCGACUUCCGCUUUUGAUGGUUACUUGUCGGCGUUAUCGCCAAUUCAGCUUGUUCGCAGCAACAGCCGUCGCUUUAUGCCAUCGCAAGCAGAUGAUGAAGCUCAUCAAUUAUCAUAUCUGCAGAAACAUUUAGCAAACAUCAUUUCUCUCCUUGCAGAGCCUGUGGAAGGUGAAGGAGAAGAAUCAUUGGUUCUCUCUAUGGAGGCUUUUGAGCAUCUGGGUUUUCUUGUUCAGUUUGGUGAUAAGGGAUCGGAUGUAUCUCCAUUGAGCCAAGCUACUCCUUUUUUUGCAAAUUCUGAUCCGGAUAUGCCCGCUGUUCCAGUUCCUGCUUCCCAAGUGCAUGACUGGCUUCUGCAAAACAUAGCUUCCGCUUUAGAAAGCAUUACGGAGAGAAUUUCUGGGAAAGAGAAUGGGCCUUCUAGCGCCUCUGAUCAAGAUGAUGCGAUGUCAGAUGCUUGUGCUGCUCCGAACAAGGUUGCACCUAGUGGUAGAGGCCCGUGUUUAAUCGAAGGAGUCUCUAAGACUUCACUUGUUAAGCAGGCCUCCGAUCUUAGGGGUAGAUCUGUGAAGGUUGUCAAUUGCCAUGAUUCUGUGAUUUAUCUUUUAGCGCCAUUGAGAUAUGCAACUGUGCAUGGAUGUUCUGAUACUACUAUAGUUCUGGGAGCUGUUGGCAAGGCAUUAAGAGUUGAGCACUGUGAGAGAGUUCAUGUGAUUGCAGCUUCCAAACGAGUGUGCAUCGCCAACUGCCGUGAAUGUGUAUUCUUCUUGGGAGUCAACCAGCGACCGCUGAUUGUUGGUGAUAACCACAAACUGCAGGUCGCUCCAUAUAAUUCAUAUUACUCUCAUUUGGAGGAGCACAUGCGGGAGGUAGGGGUUGAGCCAACAAUCAACAAAUGGGACAAACCAUUGGCACUAGGAGCAGUGGAUCCACACGACUCACUGUCACAUCCUGCUGGUGUCGCUGAUGCACAAGCCGAAUCAGCCGCUUGUGUAGACCCUGACCAGUUCAUUAACUUUUUGAUCCCAAACUGGUUUAGCGGCGAGGAGAUUGGUUCCACGAAAGACAAUCCAUUUCCAUUGCCAGAUCCUUAUAUGGCAGCUCAGCAGAGAAACGUUAAAAACUUUGAAGAAACAAGACGAUCGUUAAGAGAAACGCCUCUGGAAGAAAACCGGAAAAAGGAGCUAUCAAGCGCACUUCAUGUCUAUUUCAAAGACUGGCUCUAUGCAAGUGGAAAUAUAAGGCAACUCUACUGCCUACAAGGUGACUAA